CUCUCCAACAGCAAUUCACAAUCUACUUUCAAACUCUUAUUUACUCUCUAUUUACUCAUUUUCACCAACUAUAUAAACUUUCUGAGUUUUUCUUAUUUGAUCCAACUUGUCAUCUAUCGAUCCAGGAGAUUUUAAUUUCUUGGAUUAAAUUUGAUCCAUCUUGUUCUUCUUUGCAUUACUUACAAUGAGUACUGAAAUUGAAGUUCCUCCUUAUUUUUUGUGUCCCAUCUCUCUAGAAAUUAUGAAAGAUCCGGUGAUUGUUCCAACCGGCAUAACAUAUGAUCGAGAGAGCAUCGAAAAAUGGAUAUUUUCCGGGAAAAACAACACAUGUCCGGUCACCAAACAAGUCCUCUCCGAUCCAGAUAUGACCCCGAACCACACCCUCCGCCGAUUGAUCCAAUCAUGGUGCACCAUCAACGCUUCAUACGGCAUCGAACGCUUCCCAACCCCGAAGCCACCCGUCAGCAAACCCCAGAUUGUCAAACUCAUCAACAAUGCCAAGUCUCUACAGCACCAAAUGCAGUGUCUUAGAAAACUAAGAUCAAUUGCUUCCGAAAACGAAGCCAACAAGCGGUGCAUGGAAGCUUCCGGUGCAGCCGAGUUCUUAGUUUCAAUUAUCAUCAACAACUCCACCAUUAAUAAUGCAUCAUCUGCAGAAUCAGAAAAAGUAUCAUCAGACGAGGGGUUGGAUCUCACAACUACAACCAGUGAUGAAGCCCUAAGCAUCCUCUAUCAUUUGCAACUUUCCGAAGUGGGACUUAAAUCUCUCAUCGGCCAAAAUGGCACAUUCAUCGACACCUUGAUGCGUGUUAUGCAAAGCGGAAACUACGAAUCACGUGCUUAUGCUGUUUUGUUAUUGAAAAACAUGUUCGAAGUUGCUGAUCCGAUGCAAAUGAUCACUUUCACACCUGAAUUCUUCGUCCAAGUAGUUCAAGUCUUGCGUGAUCAAAUCUCAUUCAAAGCCUCCAAAGCUUCACUGCAGCUUCUGAGCAAUCUCGGUCCUUGGGGACGAAACAGGGUCAAAAUAGUCGAUGCCGGUGCGGUGUCGGUAUUGAUCGAUUUCCUCCUCGAAACUUCGGAGAAAAGGGAUUGCGAAAUGAUGAUGGUGGUGUUGGAUCAACUGUGCCAAUGCGCGGAGGGGCGAGCUGAAUUGUUGAAGCACGGAGCUGGAUUAGCCAUCGUUUCGAAGAAGAUACUUAGGGUUUCGAAGAUGGCAAGCGAGAGGGCUGUGAAGAUACUGUUUUCGAUUUCCAAGUUCUCUGCAAGCCCUAGUGUGCUUCAAGAAAUGUUGCAGCUGGGAGUGGUUGCAAAGUUGUGUUUGGUGCUUCAGGUGGACUGUGGCACCAAGACCAAGGAGAAAGCAAGGGAGAUACUUAAAUUGCAUGCUAGGGCAUGGAAGAACUCUCCAUGCAUGCCAAUGAAUAUGAUUUCAUCAUAUCCAUCUUGAUUCAUUAGAGAUGAUAUAUGGAGCAGAUUAUUGUUACUAA